AUGAAGAACGUACAAGGAUUCAAGAUUGAUGACUGGGUUCGGGUUCAUGGUGCCAACAGUCGCUUUGGACUUGAAGGGUCCUAUGUAUCGGCACUAUCAAUGAAUGACCUUCAGCAACUGUCUACGGAUCCCACCCUCGAGGUCGUGAACCGAGACAUGGAGGUCAGCUAUGGCUCUUUCGAGGGUUCUCUUGAGCUCCGCGAGGGCAUAGCCGCAUUGAACUCAUCAGAAGGGUCAAAGCUGACUGCCGAGAAUGUCAUCAUCACACCUUUAUCCAUCAUGGCCAACUACCUGGUCCUGGAUACCAUCUGCCAGAGCCGAGCUUGCAAGAAGAGCGUCGCCGGACCUAACCCGUCUAAUGGGCCGGGGCUUUCCAUGAGGCCGCGGGCAAACACGAUCAGCCAUGUUGACAGCAGCACGAUGAAGAUGAUUGCUGCUGCGAAUGCCUCUGUCCAAGGAGGCAUCCCCCCUACCUAUACCCAUAGCAGACGCCUGAGUCUAGCCGGUUUGCCUAUCCCUAGCUUGGACCGUGGCAUACUAGCAACCAUGGGACAGCGAGGGUUGCAGCACGGGUUGCCUAAGCUGGAGACGAGCACCUUGGGAAGCCUCGACUUUAGCAACGGCCUGAGGACAGCGCCGCCGGUCGCCGCCGCCUUCAACACCGAAUUCGACUUUGAGGGCCUCUUCGGGUCGGGCUCGACGAUAAACCCCGAUGCCCUCCAUUACAAUCGUUCGCCGCAAUUAACGGCCUUGGAACAGGCCUCGCCGUUCGCGCCGCCCAUGAAUGAGACGCCCUCGAGGCAAACCCUCGACGAUAGUUUUGACGGGCUGACUGGUUUCGAGCAUUAG